AUGCCUUUACAAUUCUUUCUAAGGUUGAAAAUUUCAACUUCUGUCAGUUGCUGGUUUUGUGGCUGCUCGCACAAAGUUAGGUGGCGAAAUCGCAAUAGCUGGGUCUGUCCGUCGUGUGAACAGUACAAUGGAUUUAACAAGGACGGGAACCUGGCAAGAAGCCCAAAGUGCUUAACUGAUUAUUAA